GUCUUCUGUGAAUGAGGUUACUCAAGCCAGCGUGGGUGUCUCAUGGAUCGUUGUCCAAGGAUCAAAAUACUGGCCUUCCGAUCUAUAGUUUAGACAUUCACCCGGAUGGCUCUCGUUUGGCUACAGGUGGACUCAUCGACACAUGUGGUGUGGUGAUCUUGUGGAACAUGGCACCCAUUCGCGAUCCAAAAUUAGAGGCGGAUCCAAACACACCACGCAAGUUGUUCCAAAUGGAUAGCCAUCAAGCUUGCGUUAAUUGUGUACGUUGGUCUCCCUCUGGAUGUUGGCUAGCCUCAGCUGGGAUGGAUAAAGUCGUCAUGUUGUGGACGAAAACUUCAGCAGCUUCCCGGCAAACUACAGUUUUCGGGUUGAAGGAGAAGACAAAAUUUACUGAACACUGGCGCUGCGCCUCAGUGCUCCGUGGCCAUACAGGAGAUAUACUUGAUUUGGCCUGGUCCCAUGACGGUUACAAACUAGCCUCUGCCGGGGUUGAUAACAACAUCCUGGUCUGGUGUCGCCAAUCCACUUCCGGUGCUCCUGGCUCUGGACCAUUCGUCAUGCUCGCAACACUCCACGGAAAUCAAGGCUUCAUCAAAGGCGUUGCCUGGGACCCGAUUGGACGUUACUUAGUCAGUCAGGGUGAUGAGAUUUCCGUGAAAGUUUGGCGCACAGCAGAUUGGAGGGAGGAGGCGGUGAUCAGGAAGCCAUUUGUCAAGGCUGUUGGACAAAGUCAGGUGAUGAGAAUCUCAUGGAGUCUGGAUGGGUCCACCAUAGCUGCCCCGCAUGCAAUCAACAACGGUUUUCCAACGACUAAACUUAUCGACCGCAACAACUGGGUUCCAGCAUUCGAUUUAGUCGGGCACCGAAAGCACGUGAUUUGUGCGCGUUACUCGCCGAAUCUCUUCAGAAAAUCCGGAAAAAGUGAAACGCAAGAUUUAGUAUGCCUCGCGUUGGGUAGUAAAGAUAGGUCUGUUUCAGUGUGGACAACCGCUGAUCGUCGGGCGUUGGUUGUCAUUCACGACCUGUUCACGAAUUCUGUGUGUGAUCUCACUUGGAGUUCUACCGGUUCCGAAUUGAUGGCUUGUUCGCUGGAUGGUACAGUUUCUUACAUGGGUUUCACGGAGGCCGAACUUGGAACUCCCUGGCCCACAGCAGAUUUGGUCCGAUUGCACCACAAAUCUUACGGCCAGAGUCUGUUGGACAAGCUCGUUGCGGGUGAAUUAGCCGAGCUUUCACACAAUCUACCCAUCUCCGUUUCCACCGGUGGCAAGUCAUUAUCUGCCGAGCUUUCACACAAUCUACCCAUCUCCGUUUCCACCGGUGGCAAGUCAUUAUCUGGUGGGCUCGAUCAAUCUAAUAUCAUUCUCGAAACGCCGGAAGCACUUGCCCUACAACAAACACAUGCCGCUGUUCGCCAACGGCUGAACGAGGCUGGUGAACAAAACAUACUCACUUCUAAACCUGUAGCACUUGGGCCAUCGAAGCAAAUUGAAACCAGGAGCAAGGACGGACGUCGCCGGAUCAUACCCAAAUUUCUUGGUCACUUAGACAAUGUGGACGAGGAACCGAAUUCGCGAGCCCAGUUUGCUUCUGCACUCAGUCAGAACAGUAAAUCGUCCGUAAACUCAGACGAAGCCAAUUCAAACGGACCAACCACCUCGGCAUCACCUGAGGUAUCCAAAGAAGGCAGGAAGACUCCUCAGGCGAAGUCAACUGAUUUCCCUGAACCCCAGUCCUAUCUGCCCAACCGGCCUGUCGAAGCGGUACGUUUGGGAUCAGUCACCUCCAGGUCUCCAAUCCGUAGAGAAGACACUGAAUUGCAAAAACCUUCAGAUUUGAACGGCCUGGUAUCAAAGACGUCGCCACCACCGUCCUCACCGCGCGUCGUUACGAUUGCAGUCAAUGGUCCUUCAACUUCCCCGGAUAACCUCACCAGUCCAGAGCCAGUCAAUCAAAGAAAGCGCGCAUUCACCGAUAUCGAUACGGAAGUCCCAGUCACUACAGAAGAUGCGCGUGAGAACGAACCACGAAGUAGAAGUCAACCAGUUGGGAAACAACGGAAACGUCGCAGAGUUCGGUUGUUUGAGGAUGCUGAAGAGGUGCCAACCGCUGGCGGAAAUGAUAAAAAGGGUACAACUCAGAGUAAAACUGCGGAUCCCUCAUCUGUUUCUGCGUCGCCAAAGUCACGUGAUAAAACAGAAAUUCAUUCUGGGGUGACACAAAGUUCCGCGCUAGAAUCUCGAUUAGCCGGAUCUACACAACCUUCCGCAAGUUCUUCCAUCCACUCUAUCAUCACCACACCUGAUCAGCUGGCAAACGAGUGCAAAGUACAAUUUGUCUGUUCUCAUCCUAUCGAUGGCCCACUGCUUAUCGAGCUGGUCGGAAGGACUGGCGCCGCUCCAACUCGGCCUCAAGAAUCUCCGGGUAUAUUUCGGAUUACUGGCUCUCGUAAUGAGCGGCAAUUGUGGGAAAUUGCCAACGAUUGCCGUUUAACUGCGUAUGCUUAUAGCGACAACCUAAUCUCCUUCGGGGAUUCUGGUGGUCGUCUUCAACUGCUUUAUGGAACUGGUGCUCGUGUUUGCCCUCCGCUCCUGUUGGAUUCCUCCAUACAUCAUCUCUCUCUUACCCCACUUGGAGAUGGGGAUGGUGCAAAACAGCCUGGCUGUCAGUCACGUGUUACUCCCUCCGGUGAUUCCAAUCCGCAACUGAGCCGUCUUCAUAGCGUAGUUUCUGGCACAGACAUUCGCGUUCCGGCUCGAAAACUCUCACCAUCCUCUUCAUCUGAUUAUCGUCUAACAGCACUGUGCCAGUCUGGACGGUUAAUCAGUUGGCACUUGUGUUUCCCACCUGAUAUUGCUACUUUAAAUUCGUCACUUUGCUCAUCUCCCGUGUUUCCCCAACUGCUGGUCGAAACGAACGUUCGCGAAGUGGUUCGAGGGUCACCAUCCUCCUCUACCGGUUACCUUUCGUUAACGUUCGGAACGGGAGGUUUUCCAGUUGUGCAUCGUCGUGAUGGUUCCUCUUACUACUUCCAUUCGGAUAGCCGAACAUGGCUGGAACUUUUUGACGCUUCAAAUAAAGCGCGAUGUGCAGCGGCGCUUAGUACUUAUCGUGGAUGCCCCUCAGGGCCUUUAGCUUCUUGUCAAUUGUUACACAAAGUGAUUGGCCCGCGCUCUGAAUCACACAAAACAGACGAUCUCAGGUCAGAUACUGUUCAGAACCAACGACUGACCGUUCGACGUUUCCUAGAGGCCCAAACACACAAUGCCAUGUUGUUUGGUUCUUCAGCUGAAUAUCGAUUCUGGUUCAUCCGAUGGUUUAGGCAGCUAGUCGAAGACGAUCAGGAGGAUCAGAUACGUCACAUAUGUCAAGAUCUCAUCGGCCCGAUAUUCGGAAAUUCUCGGACAUCUUGGCAACCGACUGUUAAAGGCAUUUCAAAGCACGAACUCGUUAUGGAACUGCUUACUCUAUUCGCACUCAAUCUACGCCUUCAGCGACUCUACGUGGAGUUGAAGGAAAUGUUAGAUCAAUGCCGGACCAACGCUUCUAUGUUAUCUUGAAUGACUUACUUAUGCAUUUACCCCGUCCCCUUGUCAACCCGGUACGAAAGACAAUCAAAACACCUGCUGUCAGUUCAUGGUAGCCAUAGUAUUCCUCUUUCUAUGUUCUUCAGACAGAUUAUACAUUUUUUCUGAAAAGCUCCAACUCCACCUUUGUUCCAUGUCUUUAUAUUGUGUCAGUGGAGAGUGCACCGCCAUUUUGUGCGACUUUGCAAUCUGCUUCCCGUAGUCUGACGCCCACGAUUGUAGUCGUUUCUAUAAAACAUUAUUGGCGUAGCGGUGAAAUACCAACGUUCAGGCACAUAAUAUUAAUCAUGGGUUGUGAGUGAUCACUUACCAUGUAACUUUCUAUGGUUAGUUGACCCAACCGCCUCGUUAUCUUCCGAACUUGUUUGUCCGGUAUUAGCCUUUGCGCCAACAUCCCUUUCAUUUUCUGGGAGGUGAGAGAAU